GGGAAAUGGAGUCUGGGAUAAGUGGCGAAGGUAUGGGUUGGAGUGCCCUCUACUGGAGUUCAUGGGCACUCCAGCUAACGAUAGUGACAGCUGGAUUAAAACUCAGUGAAUUUCAAAUCUAAAAUGAUUUUGACUAAAUAUCGAUGGGAUUUUUAAACAGGUUUGACAAAAGAAAGACUACAGUCCAUUCAGGUGCACUUCUGUCCACAACAGAGGGUACACCCAUUCGUUUAAAUCUACACUGUGUGUGCCUUCAAACCCAUUCAAAGCCACCAAUUCCUGCUGAAAAAAUACUCUCAUUGAGCUUGAUUCCUGCGGGACCACACUGCAAAAAUGAGCAGAUUAUUGCUACAAUGAAGGAAGGAUGGCUGUGUCUCAAUCCAACUGACGACUGGGUGAUUUCUCUCGAGAAAGAGGUUUACAAAAGAAAGACUACAGUCCUUCCAGAAGCACUUUUGUACACAACAGAGGGUACACCCAUUUAUUUAAAUCUACUCUGUGAGUGCUCUCAAACCCAUUCAGAGCCACCAAUUCCUGCUGAAAAAAUACUCUCACUGAGGUUGAAACCUGCUGGACCACACUGCAAAAAUGAGCAGAUCAUUGCUACAAUGAAGGAAGAACAGAUGUGUCUCGAUCCUACUAAAGACUGGGUGAUUUCUCUCAUAACAGAGUUAAUUUAUGAUUCCAUAAAUGUCCAGCCUGUUAGCUCUAAUUGGAUUCAGAAAGAAGUGGUUCGUAAAACAACUUCCUUCACCAGAGAGACCAGAGAGACAUUCUGUGUAAUGUAAAACACCACUGUUGAGAAAAUUACUUUGAUGAAGUUUGUUAAAAGUCAAUUAAUUUGCUGUAGGGAGGUGGAUGUCAGUUUAUUGUGUGUACCCCGCUUUUCCCUUU